UACUAUAUAAAAAUCAUGGACGGUAUAGCACCCGAUGUUUAUGCCAAACAAAAAAGUAAUGCCCAACUAAUGGCUAUGCAAUCAAUUGAUAGUCUAAUCGAUGCUAACUAUAGACCAUAUGACCAGAUUGUGGACAUCGGUUGCGGUGACGGCGAUAUAACCAAACAUUUUCUCGGCAAACAUUUACCGCAUAAACAUAUACUGGCCAUCGAUAUCGUACCCGAUAUGAUAAGCUAUGCCCGCAGUCAUAACCAUUCAGAUGACAAUACUAUUGAAUAUCUAUUGCAAGAUAUGAGUAUCGAGUGGCCAGAGUUGUGUCCACGAGUACGGGAAUUGGACGGUAAGGUUGACCUAAUUUUCUCAAACUUUACCCUAUCGUAUAUGCCGGACAAGUGGCGUACGGUCGGCAUAUUUCGCCGAUUGCUAUCGACGGGCGGUAUAUUUCACGCCAAUAUAUUUAUUAUUGGCGAUCUAAACAAAAAACUGGUCACCAAUGGCCAACAACCGGGCAAAUGGUAUCAAUCGCGUGAAAAACAAUUAGACGAUUGGCGUCAAAGUCUAUUAUCGGAUAAUCAGUUUCUGGUCAAACAGUUUGAUAUUAUUGAUGUUAUUUGGCCGACGGAUAGACAGAAAAUGAUUGAUUUUAUGCCAAUCAUCGUAUCAAAGGUUAGGCCAUUUUUUAAGGACGACCAGUCGGCUUACGAUAGGGAACUCAACGAUCACUUAUGGGAUACGGCUUUCGAUACGGUAGUCAAUCCGAUGGCUACCGAACCCAAUCCCGGAGCUUGGAAACGGUUUUUAGCCGACCCUACUAUUAGGGAAGUCAACCGUCACCAUAGGCUGCUUAGAGUAACAGCUAUUAAACAAUAG